AUGGGAAACAUAUCCCGUAGACAUGAGAUGCCCAUGAAUCCAAUUCAGCAAGUUGAGGUGUUCGAUGUAUGGGGAAUUAAUUUCAUGGGUCCCUUCGUCAGUUCUUACGGUAAUAAGUACAUACUUGUUGCAGUAGAUUAUGUAUCCAAAUGGGUGGAAGCUGCAACAUUCCCCACCAAUGAUUCGAGGGUGGUGGUUGGGUUCUUGAAGAAGAAUAUAUUCACCCAAUUCAGGAUUCCGAGACCAUCAUUAGUGACGGAGGCACGCACUUUUGCAACCGUGUCUUUGAGAAGUUACAAGCCAAAUAUGACGUGCACCAUAAGGUGGCAACCCCGUAUCACCCUCAAACAAGCGGACAUGACUGCAUUCAAAACACCUGUCGGUAUGUCACCGUACAAGUUGGUAUUUGGGAAGGCCUGUCACUUGCCUUUGGAGUUAGAACAUCGAGCUUGGUGGGCACUAAAGCAAUUGAACAUGAACCCUGAUGAGGCUGGAGAAAAUCAACUGACAAAGUUACAUGAGUUGGAGGAAUUCAGAUAUCACGCCUUUGAAAGCACGAGACUUUACAAGGAAAGAAUGAAGAUGUUGUAUGACAAACACAUCGUGGACAAAAAUUUCAAACCCGGAGACAAGGUAUUAUUGUACAAUUCGAGGUUGAGAUUUUUUCCUGGUAAGCUUAAGUCCCGAUGGUCUAGGCCAUUCAGGGUGACCGAAGUGUUCCUGUCAGGGGCUGUGGAGAUAACCAGUGAAGAUAGCACUAACACCUUCAAGGUUAAUAGACAACGACUCAAACUGUAUGUGGGGAUGGAUGAACCGAAAGAGCUAUCUGUCAUACUUCUCGUUGAACCACAAAGGUCGAGCGAGCCUUAA